UAACAUUUUGUAAUAUUUUUUUAAUUUAUAUUAAAUUAAAAAACCACACUCACCACAAAAAUGACUUCCAAGGAACAAAUUAUGGCUGCCGAGGAGAAGGAAGUGGAGAAGCCAGCCGGGCUCUUCCAAACCCGCUUCUUUGUCACAUUUAUGCUCUUCCUGGGCAUGGCCAAUGCCUAUGUGAUGCGAACAAAUAUGUCUGUGGCCAUUGUCGCCAUGGUCAAUCAUACGGCCAUCAGUGAUGGUCAUGAAGAUGUUAUGGAUGAUGAAUGCCCGGAUUCCAAUUAUACUGAAGUGGACAAUGGACAAGAUGGUGAAUUUGCCUGGGAUUCCGCUUUACAGGGUUACAUUUUAUCAUCCUUCUUCUAUGGCUAUGUCAUCACACAGAUUCCCUUUGGCAUGUUGGCCAAGAAAUAUGGUGCUCUCAAUUUCCUCGGUUAUGGCAUGUUAAUCAACUCGGUCUUUGCCUUCUUGGUGCCCGUCGCAGCUCGUGAAGGUGGCGUUUGGGGCUUGUGUGUUGUCCGCUUCAUUCAAGGUUUAGGUGAAGGUCCCAUUGUACCCUGUACUCAUGCUUUGCUGGCCAAAUGGAUUCCACCCAAUGAACGGUCAAGAAUGGGUGCCGCCGUCUAUGCUGGGGCACAAUUUGGUACAAUUAUAUCUAUGCCGUUGUCGGGUCUCUUGGCUGAAUACGGUUUUGAUGGAGGCUGGCCCUCUAUUUUCUAUGUAUUCGGGGCGGUGGGUACCAUUUGGUCUAUUGCUUUCCUUAUUUGGGUCUAUGAAGAUCCUUCAGCGCAUCCCAGCAUCAAUGAACAGGAAAAGAAAUAUAUCAACACCUCACUGUGGGGUACCACGGAAGUUAAGAGCCCACCCAUUCCCUUCAAGUCCAUUUUCAAAUCGUUGCCCUUCUAUGCCAUCCUGUUGGCUCACAUGGGCCAUAACUACGGCUAUGAAACCCUGAUGACUGAAUUGCCCACCUACAUGAAACAAGUCUUGAGAUUUUCAUUGAAAUCCAAUGGUUUGUUGUCCUCCCUACCCUAUUUGGCUAUGUGGAUCUUUUCGAUGGGUAUUUCUGUGGUCGCCGAUUGGAUGAUCUCCUCAAAACGUUUCAAUCACACACAAACCAGAAAGGUCAUGAAUUCGAUUGGUCAAUAUGGUCCCGGUUUGGCCUUGGUUGCCGCCUCCUAUACCGGCUGUGAUCGUGUGCUGACAUUGGCCAUUCUCACCAUUGGCGUGGGUUUGAAUGGUGGCAUCUAUUCAGGUUUCAAAAUAAAUCAUUUGGAUUUGACACCCCGCUUUGCUGGCUUCCUAAUGGCCAUCACAAACUGUAUGGCCAAUUUGGCUGGUCUAUUGGCACCCAUUGCUGCUGGCAAUUUAAUUAAUAAUCAGCCCACAAUUGCCCAAUGGCAAAAGGUAUUCUUUAUUGCCGCCGCCAUUUACAUCAUUGCCGGUACCUUCUUCAAUAUCUUCGGUAGCGGUGCUCGCCAAUACUGGGAUAAUCCCGAAAAUGAUGUGCGGGAUAACAAUGCUCUGGAAUCACAGACACAUGUCAGCAGUCAAGAGCAAGAGGAGGCUGCACGAAGACGGAUAACAGCAGCCACCAUUACAGCUAAUCAAUAA